GCAGCUACCAUUGACGAACCACUGUGCAGUCGUCAGGGUGGCAGGGAGGAAGCUAAAUUUCUGUGUGAAAGUGUGCAAACAGUUCCAAGGUUUCACUCCGCGCGAAGGUAAAUCUUCACCGAACCUACACUACCGUUUGACUACCUGUUGCCCUUUCAACGAUCCCCAACGCUCGUUCGAACACCAUGUUUCAUCAGUCAAAGCGUACCGCGCCCCGAGUGCUCGCGCUCCAUCCGAUGGCGAAGGCAAGCUUCGGUGCCCCGUCCACCCCGUACUCGGUGCGAACGAUGAACUUCCGGCACUGGCAGCAUCUGGACAAACCGGCCGCCUAUUUCCGCUCCGUCCUGCGCAGCGAGUCGCAGAUGUCGCUGAAAACGCUCGCCUCGCUACAGUCGGCGAAAAGUGUGCCGGCACCGAAACCAGCCGAACCGUGCCCGCCGCCCGUCUCCUCCAGCCCGAAGACGAGCCUGGUCGAGACGAUCCGUGCGAUCCAGUGGAGUAACCUGCAUCCCCAUUUCACCACCGCGAACGCGCUGCAGUUUGUGCGCCAGCUGCCCACGAACGCGGCGGCCGCCUACCGGACGGUGGUCGAUUCGCGUGAAUACGAACUGGUGCGCAAUAUGGCCGUCGCCACGUGCCAGCUAACGGUGCGCCUCGGCCGGACGGCUUACCUGUGGCUGGGACUGUUCCUGGAGUCGCGCGAAUACUACUACCUCCGGUACUACACGCUGCUGGCGCUGGAGCAAAGCAUCGUGUGGCUGCGCUACGGAUUGCGUGUCACGUUCGAUUUGAUCCGCAGUUGGACGGCCAAGAAGUAAGGCGAAAAGGUUGACCUCGAAGGAAUAGUAUACAGUUGAUGUCACACUCCGUAGUAGUGUACACGCUGGGGGAGUUUGCCUUCGAAAAGCUCGCAAAAUAACCGUCAUUUUAAAUCAUCAUCCUACCUUACAACGACCAUGGGAUGUCGUUAUCGCAUAACACACCUGUUGAAGAUCACCAAAGUAAGUGAAAAUUCAACGAAGAGAACACCGCGCAGCAGCAGGUAUGGUCAUAGAUAUACACGUAUGAGACUUUAUUCAUGAAUUUAGACGAUCUGCACAUAACAAAAAGAAAUCUGCAACGGUCAACACUGUUCCAAACCAGUGUUCCUAAAGCGAUACGCGCUGCGGAUGCCAUCCUCCCUCUGGAUCGUAUUUGGAAUUUGGCUAGUGCAAGAUGAUGAUGAGCAAGAGGAUUGGAGGUGGAAGGGUGGAAAGGGUUUUUGGUAGGUGAUGUACUAUACUCGUAUUAAAAAAGGCAUUCCAUUCUA